UUUCAUUCAUAUUAAGCUCUGCCGGCAUUACGGAAAAUUUAUGAACUCAGUCGAGAACGAAACAUUACAGACGGCACGGGUGUAGUAAGGUUAAACUUUCCGAUUGUUUCAAAAUCGAGAAAAUAUAACUCAGAAUGGCAAAAGUACUUGCACAAAUGGCAAAAUACACCGUACAAAAAUUUCCACGUAAUUCGAAAGAAAAUUUAUUCAGCCUUUCUACGCCAAAAGUGCAAUUACAUGCUUCACGUUCCAUUACCACUACUCGAUGCUUGAAUGCCGAAAAAUUAUAUACAGAAAAACAUGAAUGGAUAAGAAUUGAUGGUAAAAUAGGUACAGUUGGAAUAAGCAAUUAUGCACAAGAAUCACUGGGUGAUAUUGUUUAUGCUCAGCUUCCAGAAAUUGGAUCUAUGAUAGAGAAAGAAGCUGAAUGUGGGGCAUUAGAAUCAGUGAAAGCUGCUUCUGAAUUGUUUAGUCCUGUCAGUGGAAAGGUUAUAGAUAAAAAUGAACUAGUUGAAAAAACACCCAAUUUAAUCAACACUUCUUGUUAUGAGAAAGGAUGGUUGUUCAAAGUGGAAAUAACUAAUCCAGAUGAACUUAAGAAUCUAAUGAACGAGGAUGCAUACAAUCAAUAUCUAAAAUCAGAUCCAGUAUAAACAUGUUAUGUUUCUAAUAUGUGUAAAAUUAUUUAGUAAUGGUUUAAAUUGUAUUGUUCCCAUUAAUUUGUCAUCAGUGCAACAGAAGUGUCAACAUUCUUAUUUAUUUAAAGUA